UUCAAAACUUCCGGUUAUUCAUACGGGAUUCCCCAAAAAAUGCGUUUUUCCUACUUAUUAUGGACCAUGUUGAUUUCCAUGCGGUUCCUGAAGUUAAAGAUAAUGUUUUUGUAGAGACAACAUUUGGUGCUAAUAAACCUGUAACAACAGUUAAAGUUGUAGAGCCAGGAUCCAGAGAAGUACAGAUACCAUCCCAAGUAAACAGUUUAACUAUUUCAUCAUUCAAUUCAUUAGAAUUAAAGGCACCAAGUACAUCUACUACUAGUUCCUUAUCAGUACCAACUAACAGUGUAUCUCACACAUCACAUACAAGGUCCUUAUCAAAUGAUUCCGGUGAAUUUACAGCUUGGAAAUUCAUGUCUGCCGAGGAUAAAGAGGAUAUCUGUGUUUUUGUUGAUGAACCUAACAAGAAGUUAUUUUGUAAACUAUGUAAUCAAGUAUUCAGAGAUCCAGUGAUAGUAUCAUGUGGGCAUACUUACUGCAGGCAGUGUGUGGCAUCACAUGAGGAUGGUGUUUGUCCUGUGGACAACUCUAAUAUGCAGGUAGUUGUGGCCAACAUAGCAGUAUCAGAACAGAUUGGUGAGAUGUUUAUUCACUGUAAAUAUGGCUGCCAACUAGCAGACGACGGACAAUCUUAUGUUGUUGAUUCGGCUACCUGUCCUGUUACGCUCAAAAUUAGCCAUAGAAAAGAACAUGAAGACAUGUGUGAUUUCAUGAAAGUAAAAUGUCCUAAUGGUGCUGGUUGUGCCCCUGUUUUAAGGAAGGAUAUAGAAGAUCAUCUAAGAAGUUGUAACAAUGUUAGAUGUCCUCAUCAUAAACACAGUUGUGAAUUUGUUGGUACAUCAGAUGAGUUAGAAGACCAUCUCAGAUCAUGUAAAUUUGAAGGAAUGAAAGAAUUUCUUGUCAGAAUGGAUGAGAAAAUGACAGACAUGCAGUUUUCUCUCAACCAGAAAGAUCAGGAAAUACAGUUCUUACGAUCAAUGUUAGGCAAAUUAGCUGAAAGGUUGGAGGCAUUAGAAAAAUCUUCUGAUAUGAAAAUCGAUUUACUGGAACAUAAUCAAAAUAAAAUAAUGACAACUAUCAUGGAUUGUCAGAGAGAUUACGCUGUUAUACAUGAUGAUUUAGCACAUCUCAAUAGUAUUGUAAAUGGCCGUAACGUUACCAUUGGAACUUAUGACCCACAACAGGUGAUCAGAUGUAGAGGUACCUUUGUAGGACAUCAGGGUCCAGUAUGGUGUCUUUGUAUGUCUGGUGAUUUGUUGUUUAGUGGGUCUUCAGACAAAACUGUCAAGGUUUGGGAUACUGGCAAUAAUUACAAAUGUUUGAAGACUCUAGAAGCUCACACAGGAAUUGUCCUGGCAUUAUGUACAUAUGGCAACAAAUUAUUCAGUGGCUCACAGGAUUGUAAAAUUAUAAUUUGGAAUAUUGAUACACUGGAAAAGGUUUCUGAAAUUGAGGCUCAUGAAAAUCCUGUUUGUACUCUAACUGCUGCCAAAAAUAUGAUCUUCAGUGGAUCACUAAAAGUUAUAAAGAUAUGGGAUGUACAUGCAUUAAAGUUAAAGUGUGAACUGACCGGUUUGAACCAUUGGGUACGAGCACUUGUAGCUACACAGAACCACUUAUACAGUGGAUCAUACCAGACAGUCAAGAUAUGGGAUUUGGAGAAAUUAGAGUGUGUUGAUAUCCUAGAGACUUCUGGUGGAAGUGUGUAUAGUAUAGCAAUUACUCCUCAUCACAUACUGUGUGGAACAUAUGAAAAUGUCAUACAUGUGUGGGAAAUAGAUAGCAAAGAAAAUGCAAAGACAUUGAAAGGCCACAGUGGCACAGUGUAUGCCUUAGCCACAUUACAAUCUCCUACGGGUAUUAAAGUCUUCAGUGCAUCAUAUGACAGAUCUUUAAGGGUAUGGAGUAUGGAUAAUAUGAUUUGUACACAGACACUAAUCAGACAUCAAGGAAGUGUGGCAUGCCUAGCCACAUCCAGGGGCAGGGUAUUCUCAGGAGCUGUAGACAAUACUGUCAAGGUCUGGCAGUAAAUAAAGGAAGGAGACAAUUUCGAACAAAAAAUAAUGACAUCCUACCGGAAAAUGAUAAUCUAAUCAAAACAUCAUUAGCCAUCAUAUACAACAUUGUUAUUUUGACAUUAUUGACUGAUUUCUCGUAGAAUCAGGAUUUCAAAUAUAUUUUUUUUUUGUAAAUUUACAAAGAUUGUAAUUACUGUUUUGUAAAAUGUUAAAGUUUUGAAAUAUAUAUUUGAUAUUAUGUUGAUAAAAAAAAUAUAAAUUGGGAUUAAAGUAACAAGUUUUGUUAAAUUGAGAACUUACUACUUGCUGCUGCAAAGUACAUAUUAUAGAAACUGAAAGAGAAACUGAAAUGGAGAAUAUUUCCUAAGGCUUGAUAGAUAUGAAUGACUUCUAUAGGCAGUUGUAUAGUUAUAGAUGACUUUAGAAACUGAUAUGUUUUUUGAAACCCUUCAAUAACCCUGAAUCUGCCACUGUUAAGUAUUAUGAAAUUAAAUAAAAAAUUGCAAUUUACAAGUGAACCUAAUUUUAUAGUGUUUAUUCUUACAUUUAUAUUAAUUUUCUUCAAUUUUUUAUACCCAUCAAAAGAAUUUUUAAGACAAGGCAUAGCAACCUUGUUUUUCAUUGUUGGCAUGGGGGGAAAAAAGCAGUAAAAGGUUCAGCUCAUUGUUAAAAGUUUUUUGAUCUCAUUCAAGAUCUUAAAAUCUGUAUAGCAAGUCAUAUAAAUUGGAUUAAAUUUUCAGUUUUAAAGAUUUACUAAUUAUCGUUAUUCAAAUCUCAAUUGAAUAGAAUAUACUGUUAAUUGUAAUACUCAUUAUUAUAUUAUUUAUAACGCCAGAACUUAAUUCUUUAUUAUUAAUGAAAAUCUGAAGAUAACAUAAGUGAUCACUAAAAUUAGUCACCUAAGAUUCACUGUUAGGCUUC